UUUAUUUAUUAUAGUUCAAUAUUGUGUAUUAAUUAAAAAAAAAAGUGAUUAAAUGUUUAUAAACAAGAAAAUGCAUAGUGAUAAGGAGACAGCAGCAGUCAUCGAUAACGGUGUCUACACAGUAUACCUGAAUGAGGAAGUUAAAACGUGAUGAGCCGCAAUUUCCACCAAUUAUAAAUUCAGAGAAAAUAAAUAAAAUUGACAGUGUUGAAACUGUGGAAGCCAAAUCAAAUACUGACCAGCCAACAACAGCAACAUUAUGUAUUCAAUUAUUAACUUUAAUAAUACUUGGGUUGAUGGCGUGGGGUCUGGCCUGGAGCCAGUGGGGCGACGGCUGGGAGUGGGGCGGGAAGUGGUUCAAGAUUGGCCUCGUGGCAGCGGUAGCCUGGGGCAGUGGGCAAGCCCUUCAAGCCCUUACAACUAUGCCUGGGAUGUUGGCUGCCCUAUUUACUGGCAUUCUUGCUCAAAAUACCGGUUUCCUUGACAUGCGCGACUACAUUGAAAUAGAUGGAUUUUUAAGGAAAAUAUACCCAGUAGUGGUCCUUGGAAAAGGUUCACUGGGAUGGAAUGUGGACUACAUGAGGAGCAACUGGCAACGGGUGGCGACGCUCGGCGGCGUUCCGUGGCUCGUGGAGGUGGUGGCGGUGGCUACAUGUUCGCGCUUUCUUCUAAACUUCCCGUGGAUUUGGGGUUUCCUACUUGGUUCAGUAUACUGUUCGUUGUCGUGGGCGGUGGUGAUGCCCGGCGUCGCGAGACUAAGCGCCGCCAGCGGCUCCGCUCGCAACUGGGCGCAGCUGGUGAGCACCGCGGGCGGCACCGACACCGCGCUCAGUGUCGGCGUCUACGGACUCAUCUUCAGCUUCAUAUUCACGGAAGAAAACCAACUGUAUAAAUAUAUCAAGGCUGGGUCGACCCUGUUUGUGGGCGUGAUACUGGGAGUAGCAUGGGGUAUCCUGGCAGGGCUAGCACCACACCCGCGCGACUAUUACGUCGCGGAGCUCCGGGUCCUCUUUGUGCUGGUCGGAGGACUCUUCGCCAACUUUAUCCUCGUGCGCUUAGGAUGGGCUGGAACCGCUGGAGUUGCUGUGUUGGCCUGCAACGCAACGGCCGCGAUGUUCUGGGCGCGAGACGGGUGGAAAAUCAACAACAACCCCGCGUCUACAGCCUACCGGGUGUUCUGGGCUGCCUGUGAGCCAACUGUGUUUGCUUACACGGGCACUUUCUUUGUGAUAGACAAUGAUCUGUGGGAUGUUAUGUUAAUUGGGUUAGCAAUUCUACUGAUCUGUUUGACUGUGAGACUAACGACGGCAGCGCUCGUCUGCUGGGACAUGACCCUCAAGGAAAGAAUCUUCGUUUGCUGCACCUGGGUACCCAAAUCCAUAGUCGAGGCUGUAUUGGCACCAACGGCUCUAACGGCGGUCAUCUCCCGGGGGCCCCACCAGGAUUACGAAAACGAUUUGGCGUGCGCGGUCAACAUUCUGCGACUCCUGGUUCAAGCCAUCAUCAUCACCACCCCCAUAGGAUACCUACUAACUAAUCAUUUAGGACCAAUAUUACUUAAAGUACCAAAGAAAUCCUGUGACGAUAAAAAUAUAACAUAAUCGUAAAGACUAGCUAUUUACUCUUUAUAUCUAAGCCAGACCUAAGCUAAAUUGUAUAAGUUUUAUAUGACUUUGGAAUAGUUCUCGAGAUGUACUGUACAUUGACUUUACUCUUAUAAUAAUAUAGGUAAGUAGUUUUGGCUUGUUUUAUAUAGAUACGUGAAUUCAAAGUAAUCGAAUUGACAUUUUUAUUUAUAUAAACAGAUAGAAUAUUUGAAUCUCUUGGUUGAUUUGUUGGGUUAAAUAUUGCGUUAUGUAUUAGGUACACAAAAUGUUGUUAAAUUUUAAUUUAAUAGACAGAGUAUUAGAUAUGAAGAAAUAAAUUAUUAUAAUUAUUUACUUUGUAAGACUUAGGAAAAUGUCCAUGCAAAAUUAUAGUUGAAACAUCCUGGAGCGAUAUAAAUAAGACUUUAUCUAUCUCUAAAUUAAUUUCAACAUUCACAUUUCUCACCUUUCAUAAAUAAGUUUAUGGUUAAUAAAGGUUUAAUAGUUAUAAAACUUAAAAAAAAAAACAACUUCAACUUUUAUAUACGCUAGUAUCUGAUUGGUGUUUGAAGUCGGUGCCAAACCAAAUCUUAAAAGCGACGACAAGUAGGUACAGGUAGCAUAAGUAAACAAUUUAGAAUAUAAAUAUACCAAAGUCUUGAUUCUUAAGUAAUGUAACUGCUACUUAAUUAGACGUAAGGAUUUAUUUAGUCAUUAAGAUAAACAUUAUUAUAAGCUCGUAGGUAAGAUAUUAGCACUUUUUUCAUGUAGGUAAGUACUUAAGUAUUAUUUUAUUAGACUCAUCGCAGUCAAGGUCAUAGAUAUAGUCUGUAAAACAACUUUGUCAGUAUGAAAAGGCGCGAAAUUCUAUGUGACAGUAACCAUACGUGCCUACUCUUUUUAAAUUUGCCGCUCUUUUCUACUGACGGAAGUAGACGUUAGAUGUCGACUAAGAAAUAUCGCGCGUUUUGCUAAGUAAACUGACGUAUGGAGUGACCACUCUUUCUUUACUUAUUAACCGACUUCCAUUUCAUAGAAGGAGGAGGUUCUGUAUUCGGUUGUGGCUUUUUUUUUUUUUCUAUGUACGUUCACCGAUUACUCCGACAUCCGUAGUCCGAUUUGAGUAAUUCUUUUUUUGUUUGAAAGGAGCUACCUCCGAGUUGGUCCCAUUUUAAUUUGGUUCUGUUCUGAUGAUGGGAUCCAUGAGGAAUUGAGGGAACUCCUCAAUUUUUAAAGGCACAUGCAUGGUGAUUUGGGUGUUUUCUUAAGCAACUCGAGCAUUUUCUCCCGAAAACCACCACUUUGAUGAAGUAGACCUGAUGAUGAUGAUUGUUUUGAUGAUAAUGAUGAUGAUUUUUUAAAUGUAGUAUGUUCAGCGAUUACUCCGGCACCUGUGAUCCGAUUUGAGUAAUUCUUUUUUUGUUUGGAAGGAGUUACCUCCACGGUGUUUCCGUAUUAUUUUUGGUUCUGGUCUGAUGAUGGAAUCCAUGAGGAAUUGAGGGAACUCCUCAAUUUUUAAAGGCACAUGCAUGGUGAUUUGGGUGUUUUCUUAAGCAACUCGAGCAUUUUCUCCCGAAAACCACCACUUUGAUGAAGUAGACCUGAUGAUGAUGAUUGUUUUGAUGAUAAUGAUGAUGAUUUUUAAAUGUAGUAUGUUCAGCAAUUACUCCGGCACCUGUGAUCCGAUUUGAGUAAUUCUUUUUUUGUUUGGAAGGAGUUACCUCCAAGGUGUUUCCGUAUUAUUUUUGGUUCUGGUCUGAUGAUGGAAUCCAUGAGGAAUUGAGGGAACUCCUCAGUUUUUAAAGGCACGUGUAAAGUGAUUUCGGUGUUUUCUAAAGUAACUCGAGCAUUUGCUUCCGAAAACCGCCAAUUUGAUGUAGUGCAAGUGUAGCCAAGUGUAGCCUUACCACGAAUUUGACAUUGACAUAUUCGCUAAGUUAGCGACGCUAACGUCUUCGUAACUUACUAUUUAUGCAUCUCGCUCGCACUAAUAUGCCAGUACGAGCGAGAUGCAAAGAAAGUAAGUUACACACACGCUAGCGAAUAAAUCAAUGUCAAACUCUUGGUAAGCUGGUAAGGCUACUGAUCGGGGGUUAGGGUUAGGAGUUAAGGCGAAGCGAAGUUAAGGGAAUGGCGGUUGAAGGGCUGCUGGUUCAGGGUCGAGGGGUUCAUGGAUCAGGGGUUGAUGCGCUGUGAGGUAGAGUGAUCGGGGAGUUGAGGGAUUGGGUCAGCGGCGGGGCGGAGGAUGGAUUUAGUGUAGUGACAGGAAUUAUAAUUUACCAGACGGACUCGAAAAAAUUCCUGAUUAAGUACAUAUUUAUUAAAGUAGAUACACGAAUUUAGUUUUAAUCAUGAUGUUGUUUUUCAUUCAUGCGUCGCGCACUUAACAAUGCGUUAAAAACUAAAAAUGGAAAAAUAAAAACUUUUUACAAAAAAAAGAAAACCGACUUCAAAAAGGAUGAAAUAACAUAUUAUCCUUUUUAAGUCUAUGCGUUACCAACUGAUAUGUUUGAAGUCGGUGCCAAGCCAAGUAGUAACAAUACCCGUCAAAAAUAAUCAGCUUUAAACCCCAUUAGAACUGUACUAAUGAGUAUUAUAAAUGUGUAAGUAAUUCUGUCUGCCUCUUUGUCGCCUUUUCAUGGCUAAACCAUUGAACCGCUUUAGGUGAAAUUUGGCAAGAACGUAAAUUCCUUGAUUUGUUUUAUAUUUUGAAAUGUAGUCCUCUGAAUAAGGGACGGGAAAUAACUCAGUCUCAAUCCCACGCUUGCGUGCCGACAAACAUGGUACGGACUGUACCAAGAAGGUUUGAUCGUGUGUUCUUAGGUACAGUCGACGUCAAAGAUAUGUUUACACUUUUGCACCGUACUCCUUUGUAAUAUGUAAUAUAAGACGAAAAGUGUAAACAUAUUUUUAACGACGACUGUACCUACAGAAAGUACGUUCAUUGUCGUCGCGUAAGGCAAUCCAACGUAAAUCAUUAUAGAAUCGCACCAAAAUCAUGGUAUGCUUCAAACGUUGGCUUGGCACCGACUUCAAACAUAUCAGUUGGUAACGCAUAGACUUAAAAAGGAUAAUAUGUUAUUUCAUCCUUUUUGAAGUCGGUUUUCUUUUUUUUGUAAAAAGUUUUUAUAUUACUCUAUGGUACGUACAGGCAAGAAAGUGGUCUACCACUUUUCGACUCUAUCAAUCAGAUAAUAGAGUCGAAAAGUGGUAAACCACUUUCUUGGCUGACUGUACGUGUGAUUUUCUAAUAUGUAGGUACGACUCUUCAUCUCGCUACUAUAAUUAGGUACUCGUAUAUUCGUAAUAUAAUACGAGAUACUAACUAAUUACCUAUAUUGGUAUGUUGUCUUUAUUUAUUUUAAACUUAUAGCAAUAAAUCAGUCACUUCGCA